AUGGAGGUAUUCGUCUGGUUCGCCACGCUAGCUGUGGUGACGUCAGUCGCGCGUGCAUGGCUGAAUCACCCGGAUAUGCCCUUCACCUUUAUUUGUAUUCCCGGCUCGGCAAUCAGUUCGGCCCGGAGCGCGUACAGUUUGGCGGACAAGGACAGACUGUGGUUCUUUGACUGCGCCGCGAGGAUUCCCGUGGGACAGUGUGUCUGGAACCAUAAUGUGAACGAUUUCGAUAGCCCGGUGAUGUUUCAAUGUCCAGACAAUCAUGUCAUUUCCGGCAUCUCGAGUUACCAUAGUAACGAAAACGAAGACAGACGUUUCAGCUUCCAGUGUUGUAGUCUCAUGGGAACGGCUAGGUUAAGUGGUUGUCGAUUCACAGAACAAUACGCGAACGAGUUCAGGGGAGACCUCCUCUUUGAUGUGCCCAACGGGAAACUUGUAAGAGGCAUCUUCAGUUGGCAUAACAACGACGUCGAUACCACAUUCCCGUCGGCUAGCCCAACAAAGGAAAAGAAAACGGAGACAGACAAGAAUGACGUCACGAAUAAGCCCGAGAGCUCGCCAGCAUCUGAGAAUGCAAUACCAACUGACUGGAACUCAAUAUCCAGACAACCAAUGACAUCCGCGCUAACGGACCAGAAACCCGCGAAUGAAGAGAAACGCGUCACGUCCGCACCACCAGUGAAGACGGAGAUUUCUCCAGCUUCAGUGAACGCUGUGCCAACUAACUGGAACUCAGGUCGAAGACAUGUGUCGACAAACUGGCCGGAGAAAAGGAAAACGGUGAAUGAAACGAAACCCGUGUCUUCGGUAUCGCAGACGACAGAAAAACCUCCUUUGUCAAUGGGUGUAAUACCAACCAACUGGAGCUCUGUAAGUUUCUUGAAAAAGAAGAACGCCAAUAAACAGAACAGAAGAAUUAACAACAGACAUGUGCAGGAUAAGACACACGUGACUCCGACACCAAAACAGACUCCAAGCUCUCCAGUUUCAGCGAGUGUAGUACCAGUGGAUUGGAACUCAGUAAAUAGGUUAUCACAACGCCAAGGUCAUUCACUCGUACGUAAUCAACCCAGACAGGUGGUGAUAACCAAUCAGAUUCCUCCAAACGGCAUCAGUCGGAAGUCGAUUUUGAUGUCUGGCAGACGAAAGACCGUUCUUAUCAACCGGGUACCCCAAAACACGGUUGGAAACCGAAACCAGGUUAUUAGCUCGAGUGCAGCGAGGCCGGGCACAAAACACUGGAAAUCUCAUCAACGAAAUCUGCCUUCUGCUUCGACUGCCGUGCUAAACAAGAACAGACAUGUGAAAGACAAGAAGCACGCCACUUCUGUGAAAAACAAGAUUCCGAAAUCUCCUGUCGCAAUGAACGCAAUACCCAUAGACUGGAACUCGAUAAGCAGACUGUUAAAUGGAAGAGGUCAUUCCGGCGUUCGUAAUCAAGUCAGACAAGCGGCGACAGCUAACCGGAUUCCUCAGACUAAAUUUGGAAACAAUGUUGCAGUUAGUAGAACCAAUUCAAACCCAGUUACCAUACCAGGCAGAAUCCAAACAUUUGUCAACCGAAUACCACAAAACAUGGCCAGCAACCGACUCCAAAACACAGUUGGAAACAGACUUCAGAACACAGUUUUAAAUCAAAACCAAAACGUAAUUGGAAACCGAAUCCAAAACACGGUUGGAAAUCGACAACAGAACAUGGUUAUAAAUCGAAACCAAAAUUCAUUUGGAAACCAAAUCCAAAACACGGUUGGAAAUCGACUACAGAACACGGUUAUAAAUCGAAACCGAAACACAAUUGGCAACCGAAUCCAAAAUACAGUUGGAAACAGACUUCAGAACACAGUUAUAAAUCGAAACCGAAACACAAUUGGAAACCGAAUCCAAAAUACAGUUGGAAAUAGACUUCAGAACACGGUUAUAAAUCAAAACCAAAAUACAUUUGGAAACCGAAUCCAAAAUACAGUUGGAAACCGAAUCCAAAACACGGUUGCAAAUCGGCUACAGAACACGGUUAGAAAUCGAAACCAAAACGCAGUUGGAAACCGAAUCCAAAACACUGUUGGAAAUCGACUUAAGAACACGUUUAUAAAUGGAAAUCAAAACACAGCUGGAAACCGAAUCCAAAACACUGUUGGAAAUCGACUUCAUAACACGGUUAUAAAUGGAAACCGAAACACAGUAGGAAACCGAAUCCAAAACACUAUUGGAAAUAGACUCCAGAACACGUUUAUAAAUGGAAAUCAAAACACAGCUGGAAACCGAAUCCAAAACACUGUUGGAAAUAGACUUCAUAACACGUUUAUAAAUGGAAAUCAAAACACAGUUGGAAACCGAAUCCAAAACACUGUUGGAAAUCGACUUCAGAACACGGUUAUAAAUGGAAACCGAAACACAGCAGGAAAUCGAAUCCAAAACACUAUUGGAAAUAGACUCCAGAACACGUUCAUAAAUGGAAAUCAAAACACAUUUGGAAACCGAAUCCAAAACACUGUUGGAAAUCGACUUCAGAACACGGUUAUAAAUCGAAACCAAAAUAGAGUAGGAAACCGAAUCCAAAACACUGUUGGAAAUCGACUCCAAAACACGUUUAUAAAUCGAAAUCAAAACACUAUUGGAAACCGAAUUCAAAACACUGUUGGAAAUCGACUUCAGAACACGGUUAUAAAUCGAAACAAAAACACAGUUGGAAACCGAAUUCAGAACACUGUUGGAAAUCGACUUCAGAACACGUUUAUAAAUGGAAAUCAAAACACUAUUGGAAACCGAAUACAAAACACUGUUGGAAAUCGACUUCAGAACACGGUUAUAAAUCGAAACCAAAACACAGUUGGAAACCGAAUUCAGAACACUGUUGGAAAUCGACUUCAAAACACGUUUAUAAAUGGAAAUCAAAACACUAUUGGAAACCGAAUCCAAAACACUGUUGGAAAUCGACUUCAGAACACGGUUAUAAAUCGAAACCAAAACACAAUUGGAAACCGAAUUCAGAACACUGUUGGAAAUCGACUUCAAAACACGUUUAUAAAUGGAAAUCAAAACACUAUUGGUAACCGAAUCCAAAACACUGUUGGAAAUCGACUCCAGAACACGGUUAUAAAUCGAAACCAAAACACAGUUGGAAACCGAAUUCAGAACACGGUUGGAAGCAGACUUCAGAACACGGUUAUAAAUCGAAACCAAAAUACAAUUAGAAACCAAAUUCAAAACACUGUUGGAAAUCGACUUCAGAACAGGGUUAUAAAUCAAAACCAAAACACAGUUGAAAACCGAAUACAAAACACGGUUGGAAAUCGACUUCAGAACACGGUUAUAAAUGGAAACCAAAACACAGUUGGAAACCAAAUCCAAAAUACAGUUGGAAAUCAAUCCCAGAACUCAGUUAUAAAUCGAAACCAACACAUUAUUAGAAACCGAAACCGGUUCUUUACCACGAAUGGAGUGAGAGUGAGUGCAAAACACUGGAAAACUGUCCAACGAAAUCUGGCGUUCACAUCUGUAGCUUUGGCGAAUCCCGUCCCUGCGGCAAGAAACGGAAACAGGUGGAAACAGUGA